AUAGGGGAAAGGGGCACACAACAGAAGCUCCCAGGGAAUGCAAGAAAAAGAAUAGAAUUUCAAUUGAGAAAAAAGGAGUAGGGGGCCACAGGAUUUUGAUUCAAUAUAUACAGUAAUACAAUAUAGAAAAGGUUUUUUUUUUCUUUUUCCAUUGGGGGAUCUUUCUUCUUCACGGACGCACAAAAAAAAAUUCCAUACACGCACAGCACAAACAGAAUUUCAGUAUUUUACACAACAAUGUAGAACAACUACAUACAACAAUACUAGACGCCCUCCUAAUUUUUGCACACCACUCGCGCACACACAGCUACACACCCGAUCGAAAAAGGGAGAGAGAAACAAGAGAGAUAGACGAAGGGAGUAGCUGAGUGAUUGAGUGAAAAAGCAGAGAGAAAAAUAGAGGGAGAUCGGGAGAGAAAUUAGGCGGAGGCUGGCUAUUCUGGCGAGUUCUCGUCGGAAAAACAUCAUUAUCGCCUGAGUUCAGAUCUGUUCUCUAAUUUCCGACCCGUUUGAGCUCGCCGAAGCUACGGGGGAUGAAAAUCGGCUCCACCUCCACCAAAAUCCCAAAACCUAAAAUACCUUCAUCUGAAUCGGAUGAAAUUCAUUGUAAAACUAGAGAAACAGUAACGGGGAGUACGAUUUCGGAUACGGGUCUCUGUUAUUUCUCGAUUUUGGUUCGGUUUUGGCGAGAAACAGUGAAGGCUUUACCGAGUUGGGGUUCGUCGUUGAGGUUUUCUGUUCGGGAUUUCAAAAUUUGGAUUUUCUUAAAUAUUAUUAUCAAUGGAAAUCAGUCAUCGAAAG